CGUUUAUCCUUUUUAAUUAUUUAAUUUCUUUGGACUGUUUUGUACAAGGCUCUUACAUUUUAAGAGUAUUGGCCUCAAUUGGCUUUGAAAAAGACUUGUAAUUUUCAGUCAAAAGCUCCAUUUGCCUGUCAUUUUUUUUUACAGUAGAGUGUUGAUAUAAUUGCCACUGAUAGCAUGUGGAUGUGGAAGUAUUCAUUAAUGUUUGAACAGAUAGGAUUUAAAUAGAUUAUUUCAUGUCAUUUAAAUUGAAAAUGGAGGCGUUGUGAAGCCACUUAAGUGUUUCUUUCUGGUUUGGUUCUAUUGCAAGAUCCUAAUAUCUUAUGCUUUUUAUUAUUUGUUCAUAGGAGAUUCCAUUAAAUGUGUUUAAUUUGGUUACCAUACUAAAUUAGAAUUUAGUACCAGUGAUUCUACCUGAGGAUUUUUUUUUCCUCUCGCUUUUCAUUCUUGAAUUAUGAAUUAACAAGAGUACUAUGGUCUGUGAUUUUGGUAUUGUACUCAGCUGUUGCAACUCACAUGAGGCUACUAACUCUUAUUGUUGAAAUGUAAACGUUUAAUUUACUUUCUCAUGCCUUACAGGCUACAAGAGAGUGAGACAAUUAAUGGUCUUGAAUGCAGGCAAGAAUAAGCUUAAGUCUAUGAAUGAUGUCCGGUCAAAUACAUCUUUACGAGCUAUAAUUUUGAAUGAUAAUGAAAUUAGUUCAAUUUGCAGGCUGGAUCAAAUGAAAGAAUUGAACACUAUUGUUCUUUCAAAAAACCCAAUUGGUGAAAUUGGCGAUUCUUUGAUAAAUGUAAAAUCUCUAACAAAGCUCUCUCUUUCUUAUUGCCAGAUUCGAAAUAUAAGUGCUUCACUGAAGUCUUGUGUUGAAUUAAAAGAGCUGAGACUGGCUCACAAUGAUAUCAAGAGUCUUCCUGUUGAGUUGGCCUAUAACAAGGAUAUACAGAACUUAGAUCUGGGGUAUAAUGCGAUCACAACAUGGUCAGAUGUAAAGGUCCUUAAUUCUUUUGUUAGCCUGAAAAAUCUAAAUUUGCAAGGGAACCCUAUUGCUGAAAAUGAGAAAUCAGUGAAAAAGAUAAAAAAUACUUUCCCAAACUUGCAUGUAUUCAAUGCGAAACCAAUGAACAAAUACAUCAAGAAUGACAAGAUUGACUUGGAUUCUUCACUUGCUGCUGACAAAGAUCCAGAAACUCAAACAGAAGAAAUGAGAGAUCAUGUCAACCGCAAGACCUCUAAAAAUUCUGUCGUAGAACAGGGGAGGGUCAGUUCUGAUAGGCCAAGUGACUUUGUUAUGAAGAAGAAAGUGAAGGGGAAAAAAGAUGAAACAAGAAACAAUGCCUCAGAAGUUCCUUCUCGCAAUGAUGAGAAGAGAGAUCAGGUCAAGCCUAAGAAAUCAAAACACCAUGAUCCUGAACUAGAAAAAAAGUCUAAACAAGAAAGUGAAGAACAGAAUGGCAAGCUGCAAAAGAGAAAAGUGACAUUCAUAGAAGAUGAUACCAAGGUGAAGAAACUACAAAAAAAAUCAAAGGUAAAGUGGAGCGAGCUGGAUGUUAUUGAUGAUGGAGAAGCUUCAUUUGUCGAGCUUUUAAAGGCUAGUGGCGAAGAAGAUCACAAUUACAAAAGGGAAAUGAAGCUUGCUGACAAGUCUACAGGUGGCAUAGUAACCUUCCCUGGUAAGAUGAAGAAAGCUAAGUCCCAGAGCACUGGUUCUGUUUCAAGUUUCUCACCAGAAGUUGAAGUUGGAAUGGGUGGCCCGUCAACAUGGGGUGAUUAAUCAUCAAUGUUAUUUGAGCCAUUUUGGAAAAUGCUUUGAACCCAUGAAGAACUUUUUGACCAAGUUUUUUUUUUUUUUAAAUGAAGUUAUUAUUAUAAUUUUUUGACCCUAUUUCCUGUUGUUCAUUUUAUGUUCGAGUAUUCAGUAAGUAGAACAUUAUAAAUUGGAAGAGAUAUGCCUUUUUGAAGUAGGAUUGAUGUUUCAAUUUAAAAUUAAUUUAAUUGAUACCGUGUGGAAUAAUCAUGUUCUAUAA